AUGAAGCGCCGGCCCUCCGCCAGCUGUCAACAACGUCCCAGCACCAGCGCCAGCAACACCAGCACCAUGAUCACGAGCGUAGCGCCGUUGUGUCUGGCCGCCAUCGUUCUCGCGGCAGCUGCACACCAUGCUCAGAUCCCACCGAAUCGGCCUGCGUCUUCAGUGCAGUUGCACUACAACCAGACUUCGGGCCAGGACUGCCAAUGCUCGUGCGGCGUUCCGAACCGGCGGCAGCGCAUCGUGGGCGGCAACGUGACGCGCGUCAACGAGUUCCCGUGGGUGGCGGCGCUGAGCCGGCGCGGCAAGUUCUACUGCGGCGGCACGCUCAUCUCCAGGCACCACGUCCUCACCGCCGCGCACUGCGUCGACGGGCUGCGGUCGCAGGACAUCCUGGUGACGCUGGGCGAGCACGACCGCGGCGUGCAGAACGAGAGCGCCAGCCUGGAGCGCGGCGUCGCCGACUGGCAGCGGCACGACAACUUCUCCAUCUUCACCUUCAACCACGACAUCGCGCUCAUCCGCCUCGACAAGCCCGUCGACUUCGGCACCAGCGUGCGCCCCGCCUGUCUCCCCGUAGACAACACGGCAGAUUACACGGACCGUGUGGCCAUAGUGACUGGCUGGGGCCGCGUGGAGGAGCGCAAGCCGACGUCGGCGACGCUGCGCAAAGUGGCGGUGCCCAUCAUGUCCAUGGAGAAGUGCCGGCGCGCUGGAUACCCCAGCGAGCGUAUCACCGACAACAUGAUCUGCGCCGGCUACCCGCAGGGCAAACGCGACGCUUGCCAGGGUGACAGCGGCGGCCCGCUCCAUGUGGACAACAAAAAUGGAAGCAUGGAAGUAAUCGGCAUCGUGUCGUGGGGUCGCGGAUGCGCGCGUCCCAACUACCCGGGCAUCUACACACGGGUGGCCAACUACCUGCCGUGGCUGCACCAGCGCCUCGCCGGGGACUGCCUCUGCGCGCCUCCGUAGGCGAGCCAACUGUCACUGCAUCCAUCUGGGACAAGGAGUUCUCCUCGCACGUUUGAAGCCACGUCUCGCCUCUUCACCAACUAAUUUAUUCGAGCACAUUAAGCA